AUGGCAGUUCAGAAACUCCGGCGGCUGCUUGCCGGGGUUCAGUCCCGGCUGUCGGCUUGUAAAUACCGCCCCGCCAAACAGCUUAGAGAACGUGGCAGCAAGCUGAGUGUCUUCGUUUGGGUUUAUGAUUAUGGCAUUAUUUUUUUCCUACACACACACACACACACACACACACACACACACACACAGCACCCACACCGACGCCCUCGCGGGCGGGCGCGGUCAGUCCCAGCACCCACCCGCUGUUUGGGCACCAAUCGGCCCCGGGACGCACGCGGGCGAGAGCCGGGCAGAGCGGGCGGCGCACCGGAGGGGGCCGGGACCUCGAGAGACUCCGGGGCGGGCAGGCCCUGGCCGUGUCUCAGCCCGCAGCCCGCCGUCCCGACCCGCCACCACGCCGCGGAGCCGGCGCCGGCGAGCGCAGGAAGAGCGAACUGGGUCCCGAGGCCCUCCGGCCCGGCCCGGCCCGGCCCCGCGGCUCCUCUUCUGUUCCCGCCGCUGCGCCCUGCUCGCGGGGUCCUCGCGCUCCUCCACGACCCCGGGGGCCACAUCUCCCUGCGCCGGGACUCGUCCCUGCCCGCACUGGUCCCACGUAGACAGGCUGGCGCCUGCAGCCGGGGACGCACGCCGAGUGAGACGCACACGGCCCCGGGACGGUGGCUCGCUCCGGGCCGAAUCCCUGGCUGGGGCGGCCCCCGUCGGGUCGCGGGAGCGAAGCCCCCACGACCCCCUCCCCCGGGUGGCACAAAAGUGCGGGAGGCCGUGCGGGCGGGAUCGGCCGCCGCCACCUUCCGCGAGGGGUCGGGUUGGCGCUCGGCGCGGCGGACCUGCAGCCUGGGGUCCCGGCCCGCGCGCAGGGGUGGCGGCUGCAGCCCCGCUCGGUGGGGUCUCCCGCGGCCCUACUCUUUGCCAUUUCCCUUUCCUUCAGCCCUUCCUUGGCGAACUCUUCACUGCAGAAAACUUUCUCCCUGCGUUUUGGCCCCACGUCCCUUCUGCCUUCAGACUCCGCCAGGCGAGGAAGGGCUAAGGCAGCCGGGGCCGCGGUGUCCGAUGGGGAAAUCAAAGGUCAGAGAGUGAAAAUGGCUCGUCUCAGUAGGCAAAGGGCAGAGUCAGCCACGGGCGCCUGAUCUGUCGUCUCUUAGACCGGUGCCCGCUGAGGACGGAACGUUCGCAUCACACAGGGUGUUUGUUUGCAGAGCCGCGCAUGGGUGUGUGAGCGUGAGCUCACUGGAGUGCGCAGGCCUCGGGACACUUGCGUCUCAGCUCCAGACCCUGCUGACCUUCCCCGAGGGCCGGACGGUGACUGCGUGGGCAGGGCCCAGCCGCCCCUGAGGCUGGAGGAGGCAGCCCAGAUUCCUGCCCAGCCUUGGUCGGUGUCCCCAUCAGGUGCC